AUGAAGGUAUGCACUGUUAUGUUUCAGUUGCUUAUGUUCUUACAUGUAUUUUAGGGAAAGUCACGCUAUUUCACGGGUAUUUCCCCUUCAACAUGGAAUCCCUUAGUUUAUCUGGAUUACAAUAACUUCUGGAGGACCAUGGACAAGCUGGGAAAAGAGAUUCCUCUUGAAGCACCAUGGGAUGCUCCGCAUGCUGAAGAAUGGGACAAAAUGACCAUGAAAGAGCUGAUAAAUAAGAUUUGCUGGACCAAAGCUGUUAAAGAAUUUGCCACCUUAUUUGUGAACGUCAACGUCACUUCUGAGCCUCAUGAAGUCUCCGCUCUCUGGUUCCUGUGGUACGUGAGGCAGUGUGGGGGCACAGCCAGGAUUUUCUCUGUCGCCAAUGGGGGCCAGGAGAGGAAGUUUAAAGGGGGUUCUGGUCAGAUAUCGGAGAAAAUAAUGGGACGCCUCAAAGGCAGAGUUAAACUGGAAAGACCUGUGGUCGGUAUUGAUCAGACAGGUGAUAAUGUCAUUGUGGAGACUCUAAACCAUGAGAUAUAUGAGGGCAAGUAUGUGAUCAGUGCUAUCCCUCCCAUCCUGACAACGAAGAUUCAUUACAAACCAGAACUGCCGACAAAGAGAAACCAGUUAAUUCAGCGUUUGCCUCUGGGGUGUGUCAUAAAAUGCAUGAUGUACUACAGAGAAGCCUUCUGGGAGAAGAAGGGUUAUUGCGGUCUCUUCAUCAUUGAGGAUGAAGAGUCUCCAAUUGGAAUAACCAUAGAUGACACGAAACCUGAUGGAUCUUUCCCUGCCAUUAUGGGUUUCAUCCUUACCAGAAAGGCUCUUAAACUGGCCCAUCUCAGUAAGGAAGAGAGGAAGAAGAAGAUCUGUGAGGCAUAUGCCAAGGCCACGGGCAUGGAAGAGGCUUUACAUCCUGUGCAUUAUGAAGAAAAGAACUGGAGCACGGAGCAAUACUCAGGGGGUUGUUACACAGCCUACUUCCCACCAGGCGUAAUGUAUUCUUACGGAAGGAUCAUUCGCCAGCCUGUUGACAGAAUCUACUUUGCUGGCACAGAGACAGCUACCCAAUGGAGUGGGUACAUGGAGGGAGCCGUAGAGGCAGGAGAGCGAGCAGCCAGAGAGAUAUUGUACCGUAUGGGAAGGAUCUCAAAGAAUGAAAUUUGGAUGCCGGAGCCAGAGUCAAAGGAUGUCCCAGCCCGACCGUUCACCACCAGCUUCUGGGAGAGGAACCUGCCAUCCGUUCCGGGACUGCUGUGCCUGCUUAGCUCUACCGUGUGUUUCACCUCCAUGGCUGCUGUGGGCCUGUUUGCCUAUAAAAAGGGACUACUAAUUCGAAACUAGUGGGGACCAUACAUCCAGUGGAGGCUGCAUACUCCCUCUUCUACCCUUUUAGCAGUUGAGUGUUCUUUUUGGAGAAAAGUGGCACGGGCAGCUGGAAAGGGCAAAAGUUGUUCUCCUUGUGAUUUUUCUUUUUAAUACCAUAAUUAAUGCAUCAAAUCUACUGCAAUUGCUACCAGCAAAACAGAAAUAAAUCAGCUGUGGGGGUGUUUUUCAAAUUUGCCUUCUCCUUGUCCAUUUGUUUUGAUUGGACAUGAUAAUAGCAAUGAUCUAUUCCU